CAGUAGACUGUCGUGAGUGGGUAGAAGAGACAGUAAAUAACCUCUCUGCCUGCAAGCUGUGCCAGAUAGACGCAUAUUUUAAUUGUGUACAUUUGUAUCUCUAAGAAAGUAUACAACAUGGACAACUCUGGAAAAGAGAAGGAAGCUGUCCAACUUAUGGCAGAAGCAGAGAAGAAAGUUAAAUCUUCACAUUCAUUUUUGGGAGGUUUGUUUGGGGGAAACUCAAAAGUGGAAGAAGCAUGUGAGAUGUACGCAAGGGCAGCAAAUAUGUUUAAGAUGGCCAAGAAUUGGAAUGCUGCAGGAAGUGCCUUCUGCCAGGCUGCCAAGCUUCACAUGCAGCUUCAGAGCAAGCAUGAUUCUGCCACCAGCUUCGUAGAUGCGGGGAAUGCUUACAAGAAGGCAGAUCCACAGGAGGCUAUCAACUGCUUAAAUGCAGCCAUCGAUAUAUACACUGAUAUGGGAAGGUUCACUAUUGCGGCUAAACACCACAUCACAAUUGCUGAAAUUUAUGAAUCUGAAAUGGUAGAUAUCGAAAAGGCAAUUGCACACUAUGAGCAGGCAGCAGAUUACUACAGAGGGGAAGAGUCUAACAGUUCGGCAAACAAGUGUCUGCUGAAGGUGGCUUCAUAUGGUGCACAGCUGGAACAAUACCAGAAGGCUAUUGAAAUUUAUGAGCAGGUUGGGACCAAUACUAUGGAUAACCCCUUACUGAAAUACAGUGCAAAAGAGUAUUUCUUUAAGGCUGCACUGUGUCAUUUUAUUGUCGAUGAGCUAAAUGCCAAGCUUGCUGUUGAGAAGUAUGAAGAAAUGUUUCCUGCAUUUUCCGAUUCAAGAGAAUGCAAGCUGUUGAAGAAACUGCUUGAGGCUCAUGAAGAGCAGAACAGUGAAGCCUUUACUGAGGCGGUCAAAGAAUUUGAUUCUGUAUCUCGCUUGGACCAGUGGCUAACUACCAUGCUGCUUCGUCUCAAAAAGACUAUCCAGGGAGAUGCAGGGGACCUCAAGUGAGAAACUAGAGAAUAUUGUGGCAUGCUGCCUAAUUUAUUACAUUUGUGCAAUGGCCCUGUGACCAUUAUUGGGUACAUGAUAUGUUCAGUGCUAAUAGCUGCAUUUUUAUUUCCUUUAAACCAAAACACUUGUGUUGUUGAACCAAGCAGUGAUCCAAGAGUUGCUCCUGUUUACCCUGUUGUUUUCCUGUACUACACUUAAGAAUAAGGAGUGAGAUAAAUGUAGUCUUCCCCUCAAGUGCUUCUAACUACAGAUCAUCAGUUUAUGAAUAUGUAGCCUUGACAGUAUUGUAGUUGGCAGCCAAGACAAAAUUGCAUUCCAGAGACAAACGUUCCAGCUAGUUUAAAAUUCAGAGACUUUCCCCUUUCUCAUAUAAUUACAUUUUUAUAUGGUACUGGCGCAAGUCUGGCGUGAUGUACAGUUGUAAUUACUUGAUACUUACUUACUUUGCAGUGGGAUUAAUCAGUAUGUUUUAUAUAUUAAUAAAAUACAGAUUUUAAAAUGAAUGUCCACUUUUUAAUUUUGUUGAACUAUGCUGUGUAGAGGACUGUUCAUUUUUUUUUACUUUGCUCAUGUUAUGAGUAUUUAUUGAGACUGUUUGCAGUUUUGGUGGACUGUAGAAGCCUGAAACAGUAAGCCUGGCUCCGCCCCCCCCCCCCCCCUGUUUUUUUUUUUUUUUUUUU